GUGUGCUGGCGCUGUCCGUGGUGCUGGCGGAGCAGGAAGGGGAGAACUUGUCCGGUCUGUCGAACAACCCAGACAAAGCCAUCUUCGCGGUCCGGGAGAACGGCACGACAUGUCUGAUGGUGGAGUUCGCCGUGAAAUUCCUCGUGCCAUAUGACGUGAUCGCUCUCAACGGGAUAGACCUCAUCACCGAGCAGGCGUCGUUCACUCUGCCCCGUGGGGCAGAAAUCGAGGGGAAAUGUGGGAGCACGGAGUCAGAGAUCCACAUAACCUGGAAGAACAACGCAUACACUCUCCGCAUCUACUUCUCCAAGGAGUUCCGUGACAAGGGCACUGAGGUGUGGAAGAUUAGCAAGGUCCAGUUCGUCUACGACACCUCGGAGACAUCGCAUUUCAUCAACGCGUACAACCCUGGGAAGCACACAGCCAGCACCCACCGCCUGUCGGCCCUGGUGACCCCCGCUGGGCACUCCUUUGUGUGCCAAGCGCAGCAGACUCUCACCCUCAUCUCAAGCGACCACCAGAAGGGUAUCACUGUCUCCUUGUAUGAUAUCCAGAUCCAGCCCUUCGAUAUCGCCUCUGACUUCAUGUUCAGUGAACCCUACAAGUGCAUCACCGACCAGCGGGAGCGCCUGGAGGAGACCCUCCCCCUCAUACUGGGCUUCAUUUUGGCCCUCAUAAUCGUCAUCACACUCACCAUCUACCACUUCCACCUGAAACUGACAGCGACCCAGCCCCAACUCCCCAGAGAUCGCUCCAUGUACAAGAACAUGUAGUCAGCAGCAGCACGGCGGCUCCCCUCAGCUCUCUCCAAAGCUAACCUGAUAAAAGACUUGUCUCCUUGAUGUCCCAGGCCUAACACCACAGAGGAAAGGUCCCCUACGAUGGACUGAAUUCCUGACAGAGAAAUGUGUGUAGCCUGUACUUUAGGCCCACUGGAACCACUGGAAGUUAACGGGACAGCUCGGGGCCUAGCAUGGAUGUAGUUGGAGGGUAAACCCACCAAAAUCUAAUUUACCCGGCUGCUGAAUUGAAUCUUAAUGCCAUUAAUUCAUAGUCUGUAUUACAGUAAUUAGAAUUUUAAUUAAAAUAAAAACACAUUUAUGCUUUUAUGAAAAUAUAAUUGAUUUUUGUUCAGAUGGUUGGUGGUUGUCGUCUGAAAAUCACCCACCUGAGGUUACAGUUUACUGAUUCAUUUUUCCUUAACGUCAUUGGGAUUUAGUUUAUUACCUCAUCCAUUUUAAGUCUCUUUGAGAAAAAUUUCCAGAGCUUCUGCUGUCAAUAGCCAACUGUUUGUUUUCUUCUCCUGUCUUUCUCUCACUGAAACUGCUGCUAAAUGAUUUCAAUACCUAUUGUUGGUUCUGUACUUGCUAAACUUGAUAUCUUUUUUGUUCAAGAGUCCCUUUGAUUUCAUUUUUUGAAUGCAGCCAUAGUGUUUCACAGUGGACAAGUCUUGUAGUGUGUGCAGUGCAGUGGCAUUCAGAGUCGCAAUGUUUUUGCUUUGACUUCGACAAAUCUUUUCUCCACACUAAUGUAUGGAACAUAUCAAAAAAAAGGAAGCAAGGAAUGCAUAAAUGUCUGACAGAAAUUCUGUACUAAAUAGUUACGAAUUUAUCAGAAUGCCAUAUGAGAGUGAUUAUGAAAAUGCAGAGAGGUUAUUAAAUAAGAAAAAUAAUAAUAUGUGUAUAAUAUUUUCAGAAUCAAAGUCUAUGCAUAAACCUCUGCUGAUGCAAUUUUGUGCAGUAUUCUUCUGUUCAUUGA